CAUAUAAAGGGAGUGAGGGGGAACUCCGCCUCUUUCGUGUGGAGCCGCCAUGGACACGAGUCGGGUGCAGCCCAUCAAGCUGGCCAGGGUGACCAAAGUGCUGGGCCGGACCGGUUCCCAGGGGCAAUGCACACAGGUGCGUGUGGAGUUCAUGGAUGACACGAGCCGCUCCAUCAUCCGCAAUGUCAAGGGGCCGGUGCGAGAGGGUGACGUCCUUACGCUGCUGGAGUCAGAGCGUGAGGCCCGGCGGCUGCGGUGAGCUGGUGAUGAAGGCUGAUGGCAUGUGCUUGGGGUGGCCGGUUGCUAUCUGCUUGGCCACACGCAGGCCAGGGAUGGAGAGGAGUGUGGCAGCUCUGUUGCUUCAAUAAAGGUCUCCCUUUACCCUGUG